AUGGCCAGUUCAAUAAGCAUGGACGGAGAAGGAACAGCAAGUGAAGGCAGAGUUGAUAAAAAAUCAGGCAACGCUGCCUCGAGCAAUACCUUAUUCAACAACACAAACACCACUGAGUCAGUUCAAGUUCCCAUGGUUUACGAUACUAUGACAUUUGAAAGCAGACAAGCAGUUGGUCUUCGGGAUAUGGAGAAAAGAAUAGAAGCCGAUAUGAAAAGAAAGAGAAAAUCGUGGGAAAAAGAAGUGGAGCGCAUGAGACAGGAAUUUCUACAUUUAUACCCUACAGAUCGAGUGUGGGGAAGUGAAGAACUGCUGAAUGACCCUUUAGUUGCCAAACGACGAGGAAGUACGGAUAUUCUAGAUCCUAAAAAAAUGAAAACCCUAUUUCUCGAUUAUCCAGAUGUAGGAAGAAAAUUUAGGAUUCGAUUUGACGUAUCCGGAUUUGACCCGACAUCAAUACAUGUAGCUAGUGACGGUGAUCGUAUUAUUGUUCGCGCCAUCAAGCAUGAAUCAGCCACAAAUCUUACCAAUAUGUCAAACGAUGUAAACGAUCAACAAAAUAAUAACUCUGAAAACAAUGCUAACAACAGUGACAAAAGCUAUUCGAACGCGGUCCCUUCGUCAACGUCAUCAUCUAUAAUUCAGCUGCAGAAUCAAAGCAACGACACGGCACCACGGUCGUCAACCGAUACGACAAAUAUGAACAACACAUCGGUGCCACCUAAAGGUUCUAUUAAUCGGGCAUAUGAACGUAAAAUACAAAAACCGAAAGAAGUAGAUCCUCAUAAAUUUAAAUCUUAUUUAACGUCCGACCAUAUAUUGAUAGUGGAAGCCCCACUGAGAGGGCGCUCAAGCUACCACGAUCUUCGACGAGCCAGUCCGGCUUCGUCUACCCAUCAUUCUGCUGUCGGUUUGAGUUCUUCACCGGCAGGUUCCAGAUCUCCUUCCAACAGCCCCGGCCAAGAUACACCGUCCAAAGAAAAUAAAAUCGGUGUUCCAACUUUUAGAGAAGAAAAUGGUCAACGAAGGUUGGUUCUCAUUGUUGAUUUGGGCGGUAUUUUCAAGCCUCAGGAUAUUACAGUCCAGCGCGGUGCUUACUCUACGGUGCCGGAGUCGUUUUCCUUAAUUGAAAAUUCAAGCGUGAUUGGCCCCAGUUGUAGAUCUUGCAAAUUUGAGUGGAAGAACGAAUAUUUUGAAUAUUUAUGGAUAAGCAUCGACGCAAGCAGCAUAGUGAUUGUCGACGACUUCAGGUACCUCGGGUCAUACACAGCGUCAAAUGAGAAAGACGUGGACAAUAAAAUUGCUCUAGCAUGGGUUGCAUUCACCAAGCUCAAGACUAUCCUUAGAUCGUCCAAACCAAAGUCAAGUUCAUGA